AUGUGUAUUACUAUUUGUUGGCACAAUUGUUUUGUAUCUUGUUAUUUUGCUAUCUUUUUUCUGACAUUACUAUACUUUUUCUGAGUCAAAAGUCUACCGAAAACAAACUUUCUACCUCACAAAGGUAAAGAUAAGGUCUGCGUACAUCCUACCCACCUCAAACCCCACUUAUGGGAUUACACUCCUUCUUGCUCAUACUUUGCUACAUUUUUUUUUUGGUUCUUUACUUUCUUUUUUAUUAUAGCCAAUAUUUGAGGAAGAAUGGAUUAAAUUAUAUAAAUUGAUAAUAAAGUCAUACUAUUUACUUACCUUUUUUUUUUAAUCAAUUGACAGGUUAAUGUUGAUAAGAAUUUACUUGAACGAUCUUUAUAAAUGAUCUGAUUGUAUAAUUUUUUUAUUUUUUUUUUGUAUACCGUUAGUGCAUAGAAUUUAAAUUAGAUAAAUAAAUGAGUAAAAAGAUGAUUUAUUUAUAGUUCUUGUUGUGAUCAAGCUAGGAGAGGGAGAGGGAGAGGGACCUUAGAAACAUCGAUUAGUGUGGAGGCAAAAAGGAUUUUUUUUUUUUUUUUAAAAGGAAACUUGACUACAAGACUCAUUUGUGGGAUAAGAACAAAAGAGCACUUUCACAAGUUCAUUUUUUAUUGACAGACUAUUUUUGAAGGAUUCAAUAUGAUUUAAUAACAUAAGAUGUUCAAUAGAUCACGGUCGCCUCAAAUCCUCAAUAGAAGUGUCUAAGUGUAUAAUUGUGACAAGUUUAAGAAAAUUCUUUAAAAUAUCACCCAUUGUGAAAUAAACGCCUAAUUCAAGCCAUUAAUAAUAAUAAUAAUAAUAAUAAUAAUAAUAAUCUAAAUUAUAUUCUCCACAAAUAAGAAGUCUCAAACUUGAUUCCUCCCACAAGUUUUCAACUGCAUUUGGAGUUUUUAUCACAUAAGAAAUUUAAUUCCUAAUAAUAAAAAAAUUUAAUCUCUUAUAUUUGUUAUUUCCUACAAUCUCUCGGAAUCAAUGCUAAACAAUGACCUCCUUACUUCAUCAUAGAAUUCUACCAUUUCUUUUGUGUGUUUGUGAAACUCUCUUUACACCAUCAAUGGAACUCUUAAUUCUCUAACAAAUUCUUUUUCAUUUUUGACUCCCUUUCAAACCCCCCAUUUUUCCCUUUCUUGCUCUCCCUCUGGGCCACCCCAUUUUCCCUUCAUUCACUUUUAACAUUUCCUUUCCUUUCUCCUUGGUUUCUCUUUCUCUUAAAAAACAAAAAAAAAACAAAAAAAAAAGUUUGGAUUUUUUUUUUAUCUUUGCCUUCUGUCUCAAUGGGGGGUUGUUGCUCAAAGGCAGAGGCUGAUCCAGCACAAAAUAAUGAAGAAAUUGCACAAUCAUAUUCAAAACAAGGAGAAUCACAUGCAGGAAACCAUGACAUGCAAGGUUCCACCACACCAUCAAAAGUUCCACCUCAUGCAUCACCAAACCAUUCUUCAAAGCCAUCUAAAGCAGCCCCAAUAGGGCCAGUAUUAGGCAGGCCAAUGGAGGACAUAAAGGCAACAUACACCCUAGGAAAAGAACUAGGAAGAGGCCAAUUUGGUGUAACACAUUUAUGCACACACAAACAAACAGGGGAACAAUUUGCAUGCAAAACAAUUGCCAAGAGGAAAUUAGUGAAUAAAGAGGAUAUUGAGGAUGUAAGGAGGGAAGUGCAAAUUAUGCACCAUUUGACAGAACAACCAAACAUUGUUGAACUUAAAGGGGCUUAUGAAGACAAACAUUCUGUGCAUUUGGUCAUGGAAUUGUGUGCUGGAGGUGAACUUUUUGAUAGAAUUAUAGCUAAAGGGCAUUAUACAGAAAGGGCAGCAGCUUCAUUGUUAAGAACAAUUGUGCAAAUUGUACAUACUUGUCAUUCAAUGGGGGUCAUUCAUAGAGAUCUUAAACCUGAAAAUUUCCUCCUACUUAACAAGGAUGAAGAUGCACCUCUCAAGGCUACUGAUUUUGGUCUUUCUGUCUUCUACAAGCAAGGAGAUGUAUUUAAAGACAUAGUGGGGAGUGCAUAUUACAUAGCACCAGAAGUGUUGAAGAGAAGAUAUGGUCCAGAAGUUGAUAUUUGGAGUGUUGGGGUUAUGUUAUAUAUUCUUCUUUGUGGUGUUCCUCCUUUUUGGGCAGAGUCUGAAAAUGGAAUAUUCAAUGCAAUAUUGCGUGGACAUGUUGAUUUUUCAAGUGACCCAUGGCCUGCAAUUUCUGCUGGUGCUAAGGACCUUGUUAGAAAAAUGUUGAAUUCAGAUCCCACUCAAAGGUUGACUGCACUCCAAGUCCUAAAUCAUCCAUGGAUCAAGGAGGAUGGAGAAGCACCAGAUACACCACUUGACAAUGCAGUCCUCAAUAAGCUCAAAAACUUUAGAGCUAUGAACAAGUUCAAGAAAGUUGCUCUUCGGGUUAUUGCAGGGUGUCUCUCUGAAGAAGAAAUUAUGGGAUUGAAGCAGAUGUUCAGAGGAAUAGAUACUGAUAAUAGUGGCACAAUUACACUUGAGGAGUUAAAGCAAGGAUUAGCCAAACAAGGGAACAAACUAUCAGAUUAUGAAAUCAAGCAAUUAAUGGAAUCUGCUGAUGCUGAUGGAAAUGGGACAAUUGAUUAUGAAGAGUUCAUCACAGCAACAAUGCACAUGAAUAGAAUGGACAGAGAAGAACAUCUUUACAAAGCUUUCCAAUACUUUGACAAGGAUAACAGUGGGUAUAUUACAAUGGAAGAGUUAGAGCAAGCUUUGAGAGAAUUUGGUAUGAAUGAUGCAAAGGAUAUAAAAGAAAUCAUUUCUGAAGUUGAUUCUGACAAUGAUGGUCGUAUCAAUUAUGAUGAGUUUGUAGCUAUGAUGAAGAAAGGAAAUCCAGAAGCAGCAACAAAUGCAAAGAAACGAAGGGAGGUUUUCGUGGAAUAAUUGUUGUUGAUAUCAAAAGAAUUUGGCAAAAAAAAAAAAGAAGAAUAAGUAAAGUUAUUUGUGUCUUUAUUGAGGGGAGGGAGACCAAAUUUCAAGAGAGUUUCAAAGUUAUAGAUGCUCUUGUAUAUUACUAAGAUGUUAAAAAUAUUAAAAGAAAAAAAAAAGAAGAAGAAAAAUGCAAUGAAAACAAAAAUAAGAUUGUAGAAUUUGAUGGAUAGGUUGGGAUUUGAGGGUCUUUUUUGGUUAAUGGUUACUUAUAAUGGUUGUUUUUGAGUUGGAAACAAUGGGGUCUUCAAUGUAUCUAUCUAUAUAAAAUUAUAACAUAAUGUAUAAUAUAUAA